AUGGGAGACACCAUGGGAGAAGAAAGUUCUGACCAUUUGCUCCGUUAUUUUGCUCUACACCCUGAUCUCCUCGCCCAUCAGCCCGAGGAUUACAAUGGCGCAUCUGCCAUGACGGAAAUGCUCGCCAUCCACCGUGUCAUACCAGCAAGAAGCUUGUAUAGGCAAAUGAUUAAGACUGGACGUCCGUUUCGAAAAAUCGGCCAAGGUACCGGCGGAGUUGUCUUCGGUCAAGAAGGGACGUCGUUUGCUCUGAAGCUUGCCAAGAGCGCCGAUACACCCCAACUAUGGAACGACUACCGAAUGCAUUUGGACAUCAAGAAAGCCUUCGAGAAUUCACAAAUAGCUAGAAAGACGAAAAUCCCAGCCUGUGACAAACUUGUAACUAAAAGUUAUUCGAAAUUCUUCAAAAAAUAUCCUAUGCUAGUGGCCGCCGCUAAGCGCGACUGCCACACCCCAACGGCAGUCCUAAUUACAGAGAGAAUUGAACCAAUGCCCGCACCUGUUCGACACGGCCUAAUUAGUCUGUACAUCUCUCCAAGGAACCAAGUGGAUGCAUACAUGGAAAAGGACAAUGACGAUUGCCUCAUUCGACUCUACUUGGGAUCCAUGGGUGGCCAGGAGAUCAAGUCCACCUCUAUCCGGAAUUUUGAGCUCCAUCUGAAUCAAAUGCAUGCCUUGGGGCUAAACAUUGACUCCUACGUCAAUGAGAUGGCAGCAGCCCUAGCAGUCAUGCACUGGAAAGCAAAGACUGAUGCAAGGGGCGUUGAAUUUGUUCUUGGGGCAUCGGCUUCCGAAUUCACCAUCUUCAAUGAGACCCACAGACUUGAGCCGCUUACAUUAUCUAGGACUGAUAUAGAAAUCUUGUUUCGACCUGUAAUCAACCUAUGGGUUUUGGAUUUCGACCAGGUUCAGCGAAUUACCCUUGACGAAGACGGAGUUGCCAAAGCAGUCUCCGCCGCUGAGGCCAAUAAUCCCUAUAUUCCGCGACCUCUACAGAGCUCAAUCGUAGAAAAGCGUGCAUGGACUUUUUUUGCUGUCAAAUAUUUGCAAUACUCAAGGAUGGCUUUGAAUGACAAGAGCAUGACCUAUUUACCAAUGUUGUUUCUGGAAGGGCUGAUCGAAACGGAGCAAAAGCGACAAGAACAGAAUGUUUCCACCGCAGCUAAAAAAUAA